GUGGCUUACGACACUCAGUGAACAGAAGGUGCUUCUGCACGCUCUGCCAGUGCACUAGUCUGCAGCGAGAGAUCGAACGCUCCUCUCCUCCACGAGCUCACCGCCGCCGCCGACCCCCCCUCUCCCUCCACCUCUCACUGCAUAGACACCAGACGGAUUCCUCAGCGUGGACCAGCGGUGCUACGGAGCACACAGCCCUGGCAGGAGACACCUAGGCACCCGGGACGUGACACCCGUGCACAGGACUGGGACUCAUUACCAGAGCCGCGGCAGACACGGAACGAGGGAUACUAGGCGAACUGAGAGAAAGAGAAAGAGAGAGGGAGGAGGAGGAGGAGAGAUGAAAAGAGAGAGAGAGGGAAGACGCAUCCUCUCUUUCAGUGCAUAUUUUCUUUGAACACUGGUCACUGAGAGAUAACGACCUGGGUGACGGGAUUUAUGCCACGCAGGUCAGCAGCCGUUUCAAGCGACAGCCGUUAGUUUGUGUUGACAGCAAUUGUCUUUAACAAGAAAGGGGGGUGAAAAAAUAUCAGUUUUUUUUCCCCCCUUCUUCCUUUUCCUAGUCCUCUCCUCUGAUCAUCGCAGCAGCAGACUGUGGAGACUUGCCGUGGAGAGGACGGUACUCAUGCAUGCAGCCGAGGGAGAAAGCACUUCCUCGCGGCACGCUGAAAGCUACUUGGAUUCCUUCUCUUUCUGGCUCUUUCACUCGCGGAGAACUAAGACAUUGUAAGGCUGCCAAGGAUCUGGUGUCCGCUGAAAAGGGAGAGGGGAGGGGGGAGCGAAUUUCUACCACACUGGGGUUUUAGAUUCCCACAUAAUUAGUAUUGGGGGGCACAAAGGAAGACGUUGAAUAGGGUUGUCAGCCUCUGGAUGGCGGGUGAGUAGGAAUCCUUUCAUAUGCGAUCGCUGUGUGAAGAAAGCUUUUUUUUUUACCCCCUCUGGUCUCCUCUUGCCCCCUUAGAUCUAACAUGAGCAAAGUGACUUGCCCUUUAUCCUCCUGCGUUUUCUUUUUGACGAGACCGGAUUCCGGAUUCCAUAAGUAAAUACCUUUGAAAACCCCGUCCCUGCCCCCCCCCCAUCCCUGCCCCCAUCACUCAAACGCCUUUCUCAAUACAAAACAAUCGGAAAAGGCCAAGCGAAACAAUUGAGUGUUUCACCCUGGGAGAGUUUACAAAUGAUCAUGUGAAACAUGACAAAAUAAUAUCCGGAUCUAUUCAAUGGACAUUUUCUCUGCGUCAUCACUGGAUAUUCAUGCUAAUGGAUUUCCUCCUGAUUGGUUUGUACUUGAAGUGGCCCCUGAGAAAGCCCCCUGGUUUGAUACUGUGCUCUCUGGGGAUCUUUCUCAAAAUGGCCCCCCUGGUGGAGGGGGUCUGUCCCAGGCUGUGCCGGUGCGACAGCAAGCUGCUCUACUGCGAGGGGCUCAACCUGACGGACAUCCCCCGCAACCUGAGCAGCGCCAUGGGCCUGUCGAUGCGCGAGAACAACCUGACUGAGCUUCGCGAAGGCCAAUUUGCUGGCCUGUCGCAGCUCACCUGGCUCUACCUGGAUCAUAACAACAUCGACAUCGUGGAGGAGGGCGCCUUCGACCGGCUCAGGCGGGUCAAGGAGCUGGACCUGAGCAACAAUCGCAUUGAGAGCGUGCCAAAUGGUACAUUCAGGCCCCUCCCCAACCUGCGCAUGCUGGACCUGUCCUACAACAGGCUGCAGGCCCUGGAGCCAGACCUGUUCCAUGGCCUGAGAAAGCUCACCAAUUUGCAGUUGCGCUACAACGCCCUGAAAUUUGUGCCCGUGCGGAUCUUUCAGGACUGUCGGAGCCUACAGUUCUUGGACCUGGGGUACAACCAGCUCCAGAGCUUGGCCAGGAACUCCUUCGCCGGGCUCUUCAAGCUGACAGAGCUACAUCUGGAGCACAACGAGCUGGUCAAAGUCAACCUGGCCCACUUUCCACGCCUCAUCUCCCUGAGGACUCUGUACAUGCGCAACAACCGGGCCACCGUCGUGGUCAGCACCCUGGACUGGACCUGGCACUUCCUGGAGAAGAUCGACCUGUCGGCCAACGAGAUCGAAUACAUCGAGCCUCACGUUUUCGAGAGCGUGCCCAACCUCAAGACCCUCAACCUGGACUCCAACAAGCUGUCGUCGGUGGACCAGCGCAUCCUGGACUCGUGGGCGUCCCUGUCCAGCAUCACCCUGGUGGGGAACGAGUGGGAGUGCAGCCGCAACGUGUGCGCCCUGGCCACGUGGCUGAGCACCUUCCGGGGCCAGCGGGACAGCUCGCUGCUGUGCUCCAGCCCGGACAUCGCCCAGGGCGAGGACGUGCUCGAUGCCGUCUACGCCUUCCAGCUGUGCGAGGACCCGCCGCCGGACGCGACCACGGCCGGCAUGUACGCCACCACGAGGGACAGGGCCCGCGGCGGGGGCUCCUCGGUGUUCCUGGGCCUGGCCACGGCCAACCCGUACGACCUGCAGGCCGAGGGCGGCGAGGUGGCGACCGGCUCCUUCACGGUGACGAUGAGCCACGACGACUUGGAGAGCACCAUGCAGAUCCACAAGGUGGUGACGGGCACCAUGGCGCUCAUCUUCUCCUUCCUCAUCGUGGUGCUCAUGCUGUACGUGGCCUGGAAGUGCUUUCCGGCCGGGGUGAGGCAGCUCCGCCAGUGCUUCAGCAGCCAGCGCCGUAAGCAGAAGCAGAAGCAGAGCAUGCAGCAGAUGGCCACCAUGUCCACGCCGGAGUACUACGUCGACUACAAGCCCAAUCACAUCGAGGGCGCCCUGGUCAUCAUCAAUGAAUACGGUUCCUGCACCUGCCAGCAGCAGCCGUCGCGCGAGUGCGAGGUGUGAUGCGUGACACCCCUCUCCCCCCCCCCCCCCCCUCCCCUCCUAUCCCGUCCAUCCAGAGUGUGUGUUUACGUGUGCUCCUGUGGAUAUAGAGCGAGAGCGCCUGUCUUUGGAUAUAUUUGGCAAGGGGAGUUGUUAAUGAGACUGUCGGAUUGACAAAAGGGAUCCUUGAACACUGUUCACGCUGCAUCUCACUGUGCUGCUUGCCUCCGCAAAGAAGGAGGGGGAGGAAGAGGAGGGAGGGAGGGGGAAGACUUGAAAUGCUGGAUUUACUGCUGAAUUAAAGGGGCCUGGAGGACUCAACAGGAACCUAUCUCUAUGGGGACCUAGGUGUAUGGGGACUCUUGGACCUGUUGACUUUGUUCAGAAACACCAAGAGGAAUAUGUUACUAUCACGGAGGCUUCUCUCUCACCACCGGUGGAUAUUUGAGCUUUAAUGUGUCUUUCUACUUCAGGCUAAUCUGAUAUUGUUCUACGGAAAGACUAUUGUGGACACAAUGCGAAAAUACACCAUUUUUACUGUGGUAAACGACAAAGGUCGAAACAAUAUUGGGGGGGAAAGAAAAAAAUAUGAUGUUGGAUUUAAAACAUUUAAAAAGAUAAUAAGUCUGUGUAAAAUAUGUUUAAAAAGCAGAAAUGCAAGAGUGGAGAAAAAAAUAAUGCAACAUGCUAUCCUAUUUCUUUUGUAAACUACAAAAAAAACAAUGUUUAAAUAAAUGAAUUGCUAUUCACAGCUAAGAGCUCUGUGUGUAUAAAAGGAAGAAAAAAAGCCCUGGACAGAAAUGGAACAGGAAGGUUUGAAUUUUUGGUGCCAGUAGAGGAGCAAGCGUUGUCUGCCUGCGUGCCUCCGCAGUGUCUCUCACAAAACGAUAUAUAAAAGGGGUCAGAGGAAUAUCUUCCCCUCAUUAAAGUUAAUUCCCCUCCAAACCGUAAUUUCAGAUCCCUCCCCUCUAUUUUGAUUGCCAUGUAUGCUGGGUAUUCAUUGACUCACUGCGCUGGCUCGUUAUGUAUGUUGUGGUUGCUUCUCCUCCUGCUCCCCCCUCCCCCAACUCACUCUCCUCCCCUGAGUUCUCUCCCUGAAUAGAUUCAAUUGAUCUCAUGCUAUUUAAUAGGAUGGCUUCUGUUCACUUGAUCAAAUCAUCAUUUGUGUGCCAUUCCGAAUAAACAAUGCAGAGGGUUAAAAGAUUGGAAGCCAACCCCAAGCCCCCGCCCCCUCUCCUUCCUCAACCCCCGCUGCUGUCACCAGCCCUUCGGCUGUCACGCAAGACCUCUGCCUCUCUUUUCACCAAGCAACAUGUAUCCGACAUGCCUUAGCCCUGCACAUUCGAAUCACAAAACUGAACUAGACUGGGUGGAGAAUUGAUACACAGGCUUUUUCAUUCUUAAAGAGACAGCUGCGCGUACGGCUGUUCCCUCACUGUGUUUUUGCGUGUAAUGUCUAACCUGAUCUUUCAAUACAAGGCUAUUUUUGGGAAAACA